AAAAAAGCUUAGCGAUAAAAUUUUAGGCUGAGCUAAACUCGAGCAUACAAAAUUUAAAAGUAAAUGAAAGUUUCGUUAUUUGAUUUGAAGCGAGAUGAGUGCAGCUGGUGAGCGGUGGAAGCGCUUAGCGCAGGAGCGGCGGAGCAGGGGAGGCAAGGGAUUCGAGGCGCUGGACGAGUGGACUCCGCCCAGGCCGUACGAGGUGAUGCGGCGACAGAAUUGCAAGACUGCCAAGUACCGUGCGGCUGAGACAUAUCCGAGCAUCCGUCCGCCAGUGUCGAGGUGCAGUCGGGCACAGACCAUCGCCUGGCUGGCGGACUCCAUCGAGGCGGAUGGCUGCGGGCGGCCUAACGACAUGACCAACGAUGAUAUCCUCAAAAUGUGGCACCAGAGUCCACACAAGAACACUUUGGGCUACUACGGCGUGGAGUCGCAGGAGCCGCAGUCAGAGGUGGAGAAUUUCAAUAAGCAAAUCCAGAAGAGCCUCGAAAUGGCCAAUGGGCCCAAGCGGCGCACAAAGCACUCACGAGCGGAGGGACCCAGGACACUGCCGAGCGUUGGCACGAAGAAGCAGGCGACUACGCCUGGAUCCUGCCUGCCAAUGGGCUGCGGCCUGCCAUUUGUCCUCAAUCGCGAGGCCAUCAAAGCGGUGAUCCAGAAGAUGCCAACAGUCAAGAGGAAACUGUCGCCCAGCCACACCUAUGCGACGGUUUACUGCAAGAAGCCGCAGGAUCCCAUCGAUCCUUUUGGUGUCAUGCAGGAGCAGCAGCCACAACCCGACGGGGAGAAGGAGAAGCAGAAGCGACGCCACUAUCCAUACUGUGGCUGGAGGUGCAAUCAGCCGCAGAACCAGUGCACGGAUUACGAGUGGAAAAAGUACAAGCUGGAUCCCAGACCCAUCGAUGAGGCCUUCAAACGGGAGCAGGCGGCACAGGAGCGGCAGCCAAGGGAGCCCGAGCCACGGAACUACGACGAGCUGUUCAGCCGCCUGGUCACUUGCUUUGAGACCCUGCCGAUGGAGGAUCCCAUGUGCAAGGACUUCGUCGAAUGCUGCAUACCCAAAAGAUGCGAGGAGGAUGGCCCUGGAGCACCAGGCGGUGCCACAACGGAUGAAGGUGGUGACAAGGGCGUUGGCGGGGAGACACCCGGACAGCCCACAGGUGAAGGGUAUAAGCCAGGAGACAAACCCAAGAACGGACAUAAGCAAGGAUACGGUGAGAAGCCGUCAGGCGAUGGCGAUAAACCAGAAGAUGGUGGAAAGCCCGGAGAUGGCAGCGGCGAUGGUGGCAAGCCCGGCGGCAAAAAAGACAAGCCAAACGGUGACCCCAACGAUCCCAAAGGUGGCAAAAAUAAGCCAAAAGGUGACCCCAACGAUCCAGCUGGUGGCAAAAAUAAGCCAAAGGGUGACCCCAACGAUCCAACUGGUGGCAAAAAUAAGCCAAAGGGUGACCCUAACGAUCCGAAUAGCGACAGAAACAGGCCAAAGGGUGACCCCAACUAUCCAAGUGGCGGCGAAAAGAACAAGGGCAAGAAGGAGAAGCCAGAGAAAGAAAAGGAUCUGGAACCACCAGAGAAGCCAAGACCGCCGCCCAAGCGGCCCAUGGAGGAAGAGCCAGAGCCAGCGGACGGCGAAGAUGGGGAAUCCAAGCACGAACCGGGAGAGCCAACGAAAAAGCCAGCGGAGGAGAAAAAGGAUAAGGCAAAGGAGAAAGAGAAAGAGAAAGGGAAGGACAAGCCAGCGGAUAAGACAAAGCAACCGGGGGACCCGGAUGCGCCCAAGAAGCCAGACGGAAAGGAUAAGCCCAAGCGACCAAUGGAACCGAUGGAGAAACCCAAGCGACCCAUGGAGAAGGAGCCGCCGCCAGUGGGAGACUCUGAGCCGGAAUGCGAUCCCAACGAUCCCAACUGUUUCACAGGCCAACCUCAGUGUCCGCCCAACGAUCCGCUGUGCAGCGUGUCGCAGGAAUCUGGGGAUGGUCUGGAAUAUCCACCUGAAGGAAAACCACCCAUCGUGCCAAUGCCACAGCAACCGUCAGAGCAGCCAGACAUGCCACCGCCUGGCAUCGAGGAUCAAGCACCGCCUGGAGCUGAUGGCGAUGGUGGGGAACCCGAACAGCCACCGGAGAAGGGCAAGACGGAGCAGGACAAGUGUCCGCCGUGUCCCUGCGACAUGUGUGAGUUUCUGCGGCGCCACAAGCUACCCGACUCACCGCUGAUGCGCAAGUUGCAGCGUCAGGAAAAGCUGCGACAGCAGCGGGAAUACUAUAAGCAAAUGUGCCACCGCCAGUACAUGGAAUGCCGCACGCCCGAAUAUCCUGCCCCACAGCACAAGUGCGAUCCGAUUGUCAGCGACAACGCCUUCUGCCGCAACCCCAAGCUCGGGGAGUACUGCGAAUGCCUCAAGGCAAUGCAGGACCUGCAGCAGCUGCUUGGCAAGAAGCAUCGAAUCGUCGGCAAUCAGCUGCUGUUCGACCUGGAGGACCUUAAGAGUCGCCUCUGCAAGCGAAUGUGUGAUUGUCUCUAAGUUUGUCUCUCUAUAAUGUCCAAGAAGUGUAUUUCUAAUGUCUAAUGUCCAAGAGUAAGCUAAAAUAAG